AUGGACGUGUGGAACUCACCACUGCGAUCACGAGCACGUGCCGGCACGCUCCCGUCGCGCCUUACCACCCAAAAUCUCGACCGAGAUCACAAGGGAUCAUUGGCAUUGCUGUCCCCCGAUAAUGACGAGGUUGUCAGAGACUGGCCAGCAGCCACGGGUUCAAUGGGGUCCAACCUCAACCCCAACAAGAUUCCGGCUGUGACCACUACCAUGCCUCCUCCAUCGGUCUCUCAGGCUCCUUCUAUGGCCACCACUCCUGCCCCAGAACCAGUCCCACAACCUCCUCAGCCUCAGCAGUCGGGGUCCUCAUUCCUGGAUGUGCCCAUGGGACCCCCAUUAGGCUCGUCUCCUCUUUCGGGCUCCUCUACACCCUCAUCACACGCCCUGGCAAACGCCAUGGGCUCUCGUUUACGUUCGGGCUCGCUCAAUCUGCUGCCUGACUCCCGGCCGUCGCUAUACCCUUCACUGUCAGGCUCAUCAAUCUGGUCCAACUCCAAGCGGUCCUCCCUGAUUGACGGAGAUGCACCCAUCCCAUUCCCUCCUGUAACACAGCCUUACGAGCCGCUGCAACCGUUCAUGCACGAGCUCAAUGUCAAGACCGACCCCAGCCGCAUUCGAUCGUACACGAUCAACGCCAUGCCAAGAGAGGACGACCCAUACGAACAUCUGCAACAGAUGCCUCCCCCUCAGAUGCACCCCCAGGUCCAGCAGGCGUCCGCCGUCCAGCAGGCUGCAUCUCGUCAGCGAGCACAGACAGUCUCCGUGCCUUACUACGACUACGAUAUACCCCUUGGUCCCCAUGCUGGCGGCGCGUCGACCUCCAAUGCAUCAGCUACUGCAUCCUCCGGGCUUCAUUCUGUAGGUGGAACUCCUCCCCAUGGAGCCACCCAUUCUUCGCUUGGAGGCCCCCCUCAUUCCCAGUAUGAAGAGGAGAAGCCUUCUCGGUCUCUGUGGCUCGGAAAGCUCCCCCCAACUGCCACUCCUCAAGCCCUGCACCACAUUUUCUCAGCUUACGGAACUGUGGAGAGCGCUCGAAUCCUGACUCACAAGAACUGCGGCUUCAUCAACUUUGCGGACUCGCAGUCCGCCCUGCAUGCUCUACAACAGCUCAAUGGCAAGGAGUUCUUCCCCGGAGCAGGUCCCUGCCGAGUUGGCUUUGCAAAGCUUGGUCCCGAGAGUGUAGAGGAGCUGCAGCAUGCUGGAUCCAUGGCUGCUGCCGGUGGAAUCAUGCAGCCCGAUCUGCCUCAGCUUCCUGACGUUCCACCCCUGGAGGAUGCACGAUUCCAGGAUGAGCUGCUGGCUGUCUGUGCUCAGCUUGGUCCCUGGGACUUAAGUUGGAUAGCGCCUGCCGUUCAGCGUGCUGCUGUCGCCUCUGUGGAGCUCAAACCCGAAAUUUCGACAGUCCCUGAGCAGACGGCCCACAGAAUUUUCGACAGUGCUCGACUCCGCGACGUGGGCAAGCGGCUGGAUGCUCGAAUUCUCGCUGCUGAGGAGAUCGAGACUGUCGUUGACGAGAUGCUGCCCGAGGUGGCCCAACUCGCCGCCGACUAUCUCGGAAACACUGUUGUCCAAAAGCUGUUUGAGGCUGCUUCUGACGGUGCGAAGGACCGCAUGUUGGAGCAGAUUGCUCCCCAUCUGGCUGCCAUUGGUAUCCAUAAGAACGGAACCUGGGCUGCCCAAAAGAUCAUCGAUGUGGCACGAACCCCACACCAGCGUGCCCUCAUUGUCAAACAUUUGCGUCCCUACACAGUGCAUCUAUUUCUCGACCAGUUCGGCAACUACGUGCUCCAGGGCUGUCUCAAGUUUGGAGCCCCAUGGUCCGACUUUGUGUACGAGACCAUGCUUGCACGAUUCUCCGAGAUUGGCCUAGGCCGGUUUGGAUCUCGAGCCAUGCGUGCUUGUCUUGAGUCAGCCCAUGCCUCUCGAGACCAGCAGCGAAUGGUCGCUGCCGCCAUUGUGCUUCAUGCUCCCCAGCUCGCGGUCAACCCCAACGGGGCUCUUCUGCUAACAUGGUACCUGGAUACCUGUGUGCUCCCCCAUCGACACAAGGUGCUUGCGCCAAGGCUGGUUCCUCACAUUGUUGUGUUGGCUACCCACAAGCUUGCAGCUCUCACGGCGCUUAAGCUUCUCGCCAGUCGGGAGGCUGAGUCUCGAGACUUGCUGUUAUCUGCGUUGCUGGAGCCUCUCAACUUGCAUGCUAUUUUGUCAGACCAGAUUCAUGGUCCUACUUUUGUGCUCAAGGUUCUCAUGAGCCCUUACUUGGAGGGAUACACCCGCCAGGUGGCUGUAGACAAAGUGCGAGCGACCUUAAUGGGUAUCAAGACUACCCAGGCUCAUCGCCGACUAAUGGACGAGGUUGGACUGAUUCAGCAACGGUCCCCCAAAAGACAGCCACUAGGAUACCAGGGUGCUGGAUACAGGCAGGACGUGGAUGGUCUUGUCAAUGGCAUGGAAAAUGUUCAACUGUGGUAA